GUAACAUUCGAAACGCGACGCCGUAAGCGCCGGUAUACCUGUAUCUCGGCUGUAUCUACUACGCAACUUCCGCUAACUCGCUGCUGAGCAAAAUGGACGCCUUUGUGUCUGUUUUCUUCGUAUUCGCACUAUAAAUACUGUUUUCCCCGCGAUGCACCACCUUUGACAUGGCGAUGUUUACGCGGUGCUGUGAAACAUGUAAGUGAAAGUCGUGAGGUGAUAUUCAGUUCGGUGCAUAUCUUCGUGAUCGCUGUAAAAGCGCAACCAUCCAAGUAGGCCACAACCACGGAUUGACAAUUGAGUGGAUAUCGUCUACGGGGAAAAGUUUUUUGCUAAAAGGCUUGACACGGUCGAACGCAACGAUUUGGAGGACGCGCAAUAAACGGCUACACGUUUGUCUACGAUUAAAAUUGAUGCUCACGCAAAUGUGUUCACGCUGCCCGCCAAAAUUAUAUUCCGCAUAGUACAUUCGGGAGCAUAAAUAAUCGUCGCGAUUGCUUGGGAGGGCUUUCGCGUUCGUUUGAGAAAUUCUGCUGUCUAAACAUCAUCCAGUGCUCAUGUUAUCAUAUGUAUGAUGUUGGAUGGUAGACAUCCAACGAAGAAAGGACCAGGGAUUGAUAACCAUGGAUCGAUUAUUGGAGGACCCACGUGCUUCAUCAAAGUUUGGUUGAAAUCUUUUUUUACAACAUGGGAACUUAAAAGAGACUUUGUUAAGUUCCCAAUAUAACUUUAGUGUUAGUGUUCUCUGACAAGAGUUAGAUACUAUUCUGUUUAAUAGUAGAAUGUGUUGGAAAGUUUAGGAAAUGCAAGUACAAAAAUAACAGCAAUGAUUAGUUUGGGUAUAUGUAGCAACAGUGCUGCAUUUAGAUACGUUCUGUUGUCUUACAUCUAUAUUAUAUCGUGAGUAGAACUUUUAUAUGAUGUUAGUGCAGUGCUUCAUAUACUGGAUUGUUCUAUGAAACCAGGGGGGACAAACAAAAACACUGGAAUUGAUUUUGAAUCUAUUUUUUGUCCAGGCUGUAAUGCCAGAACAAAUCAAAUUCAAAAUGAAUGGGGUUAUUCCGAGUGUGCCAAUUACUACCCUCGCUGGUAUCGCGAGUCUCACUGACUUGUUACCUGAAAUGCCCCUACCAACGCCGCUGCCCCAAACUCUGACAAACAAAUCUCUCCUGUUUCAUCCAAGAGUGGCAGAGGAAGCACAAAUAUUGUUAAGUGUACGAGAUGAAAAUUUAGUGCCCCAGUUAAUAUUGUCCCUGUCACAAACUUCGUCGGACCAUAUUGAACUGAAGGAUAAUUAUGCUAAUACUGAACAACCCUUGGAAUCAGAGCAGAAUACGCCAGAAUUGCUUAAAGCAAUUCUGCAGAUAAAUCCACACGUGUUCAAAGGGCCUCAGUAUAAUUCUCCGAGAAAUUGGUCUCAGGGUACUCAGCAGAUGCAUUCUAAUCAAUCACCAGCAAAUUAUGGCCGCUUUUCACCAUCUUACUCGAAUUCUUCAGGGUCUAGGCAAACGCCUCAAGGUAGUCCUGCUCAUCCUGCUGCAGCUAGGACCGUACUCCCACCACCCAGUGGUAUCUCUCACGCGCAGCAUCCACGAAUGCCAGUUACACCUCAAAAUCAUGCAGAUAUUUCACAAAUGUCUCCUUUUGCCGUGCCUUCUCCAUCUCCUAGAGGAAACGUUAUGACGGAGCAAACGAGAACAUCGACUACGCCACAGCAUGUACAGGAUGACUCCAAUUGUAUAAAUCCUCUGUCGAAUAUAGCUCCCCAACCAAAUAUGUAUUCUCCGGCUCAUAUGAGUUCACCUAAUACACCUUUGACAUCUUUGGGCAAUGUAACGCCUCAGCAUCACAACAUGGCUGGUAUGACGCCGCAACACAAUAUGCACAUGACUUCUCCAAUGCGUGCGAACAUACCCGUUCAGCAACAGCAAACUAUGAACAUGCAACAGAAUGUUUACGAUCCAACGAUGAAUCAACAAGUACAUCAUUCGUUGCAAAGUAAUGAGCAUAUGGAUAUUAAUAGCAGUGUUCAAGCUAAUCAACAGUUUUUACUUGAUCCAGUAACUGGCCUUCCUGACAUAGAUUUACCGAUAGAGAAUAUUGAAACGAAACAAAGCAUGGAUAAUGCUGCACAAGAUUUAUUGUCAGGUUCACAGACCACGUCAUAUCCAAACCUUCAUAACGUUAAUGUUGUUAAUACUUUAGAUCCUACUAAUAUCAUGCCAAUACAGCAUCAACAAAACAACAAUUCCGACAAAAUGUUAAAAAUGCCCACUACACCAACAGAAAAAAUGAAAGAACCUGUUGUUAUGUUGAAUAGAUUAUCUAUAGAAGAUCAGGCGCUUAUGCAGAAGAGUUUAGCUGCAUUCGCUGAGAAAUCCCCCAGCCGUGCUGCAAGGAUGGGAUUAACCAAUCGCGAUGACACAAAGAGCGAUUCCGAAAGCGAGGAAGAAAUUGGUAAAAAUAAUAAAUAUUUCAAAGCGCGAGCAAAGGAACGUCAGGUUCAGAGAGAAAAAGAGAGAGCAGAAAGGAAGAAAAGCGAAGAUAAAAUUCGUAGAAGAAGAAGGAUAUUGGACGACGAUGAAGAGGACGAAAAGAAGGAAGGAAUAUUUACACCAACAAAACCCAAAAUAAGAAAGGUGGAGAAAAAACUAGUUCCAGUUCUGUCUAAGUUAAGUGUCGAAGAAUUAAUGGAAACUAACACAUACCAACGAUUUAAUUCGACCAUAGAAACCAUUUUUGAAAAUACAGAAGAUAUUGCAACCAACGCGGAGUUAGAAGAAGAUGGUGAUGUGCCUCCAGAACUACUUAUUCCUAAAUAUCAGUUACACGAUUUAUGUACCGAAGCGGCAAAGUUGAAAGCUUUAGGAGCUAUGGAAUCUAUUCCUGCAGACCGAUUGGUCAGAUUGCUAAAUAUUUUAGAGAAGAAUAUUCGUGACGGAGCACGAGUAUCUCCGUUAGCAGAUCCCGACGACGACGUUGACGAAAGUAGGCUGUGGAUGCAGUUGGCUAUGGAAAGGGUACAGCGUGCCGUAGACGCAUCCCUAAUAUCGUUGCAUAUUAUGACAUCGAGCAAUAUGCCCAAGACAGUUUAUUUGGAAGACGUAAUCGACAGAAUAGUUCUUUUCAUGAAAUUUCAAUUGCAAAACACCAUCUAUCCUUCGUUUGACCCUGUUUAUAAAAUAGACACAAAAAACAAGACUGACAAUUAUAAUUCUAGUGGACGUAAAAAAAGGGGCCAUAUGAAGGAAGUUCGCGAAAAGAGCAUUCUUCAAGUUUAUAACAAAAUGCACGAACUGGUUGGUCUCCUUGCCGAAUUAUUAAAUAUUCAAGUGUUAACGGACACCAGUGUUCUUCACGCAUCCACGUUAGGCGUCGCACCAUUUUUUGUUGAAUCCGUUAGCGAUCUGCAACUAAGCGCUCUGAAGCUUGUCACCGUAAUAUUUACCAAAUACGAAAAGCAUAGAAGAUUAUUGUUAGAUGAUAUUUUGGCGUCAAUAGCGAGACUUCCUAGUAGCAAAAGAAGUUUGCGCACAUAUAGGCUAAACUCUGAGGAUCAUAUACAGAUGCUAACUGCGUUAGUAUUGCAGCUUAUUCAAUGCGUCGUGGUGCUGUCGGACAGUGUUGUACCACAAACAAAAGGAUCUUCGAAGGAAGAAGAAGAGAAGAAGGAAGAGAAAAAGGAAGAGAAAAAGAUUAGUUACGUCGAUGCCGAUGUUUUGAUUAUAAAUAAGUACGAGACCGCCACUAGAAUAGCUGGUAAUUUUUUAACUGUAUUUUUAAACAAAUGCGGAAGCAAAGGAGAAGAAAUUGAUUAUAGACCAUUAUUCGAGAAUUUUGUACAGGAUCUAUUAGCUACAGUGAAUAAACCUGAAUGGCCUGCAGCAGAAUUACUUCUGAGCUUGCUUGGAAAUUUAUUGGUCGGACAUUUUUCGAACAAAAGUUCGGAUAUGUCGCUUAGAGUUGCUUCCAUUGAUUAUCUUGGAGUAGUUGCAGCUAGACUAAGAAAAGACGCGGUCAGUUCUCAAUGCAAGUUGUCCACCAUUGAUCAGAUUAUAAGAGACAUCAAAUUGGAACAACAAAAGGAUGCCGAUUAUGAUCAAAUCAAAGACAAGGAAAUCAUAGGAUUGAGCGAGGACGAAGAAAGGACGGUCUUUCUACAGAAAGUACUAUUAGAUUAUUUGGCUGUUAACGGAACGAAGGAUUCAGCAUUGGUAUACGCUCGACACUUUUAUCUGGCUCAAUGGUACAGAGAUUGUGCGGUAGAGAAAUCACGCGUAGGACAAUCAAAGAAUAGUCCGACUAAGAAGACGCAUAAGAAGAGAGCGAAGAAAAAGAAUAAACAUCACAGUAGCGAUCAGGAAAGCGAUUCGGAAGUUGAAGAUCAGGACGCGGAUGAAAAUGACAAUAACGAGCAGAAAAAUUCGGAAGCUUAUAGACUCAUAGAAGAAAAAAAGAAGUACAUUAUUAGCAGAAUUAGACCGUACAGUACAGGAACUAAGCCAGACGUUUUACAAACCUACAUAGAUUACAAUUCGGCCGAACUAAUUUCUCAAUACCUUGCAUCAAAGAGACCAUUUUCGCAAAGCUUCGAUCGUUAUCUCAAACAAAUACUUCACGUAUUGACAGAAUCAUCUAUCGCAAUUCGAACGAAAGCUAUGAAAUGUUUAACGAUGAUCGUUGAAGCAGAUCCAAGUGUACUUGCGAGAGUCGAUAUGCAACUGGGGGUGAAACAUUCGUUUCUCGAUCAUUCUACAUCUGUAAGGGAGGCAGCUGUCGAUUUAGUAGGAAAAUUUGUAUUGAGCCGACCGGAGUUAAUAGACAAAUAUUACGACAUGUUGCUAGCAAGAAUAUUGGAUACAGGUGUCAGUGUUAGGAAACGUGUGAUUAAGAUAUUGAAGGACAUUUGUAUGGAGUGCCCAGAUUUCCCGAAAAUCCCAGAGAUUUGCGUGAAGAUGAUCAGAAGAGUGAACGAUGAAGAAGGGAUAAGAAAACUAGUUAUGGAAGUUUUUCAAAAUAUGUGGUUCACCCCUGUAAGAGAACGACCUACGCUUGAUUCCGACUCGUUACUGAGAAAAGUAAUGAAUAUAACCGACGUUGUCGCAGCUAGCAAAGAUAUGGGCCUGGAAUGGUUUGAACAACUGCUGGUAAGUUUGUUUAAACCAAAGGAAGAUAAGGACGAUAGUACGAAAAUGCAAACCGAACCUCCGAAGGCAUUAUUAACGGCAUGCAAGCAGAUCGUCGAUUGCUUGAUAGAAAAUGUUCUUAGGUUAGAGGAAACUAAUCUAGGUGACGUCGGUAAAUCCGAAAAGAAAGGAUCGUCACAGCGACUGGUCGCUUGUUUAACUACGUUAUAUCUCUUUGCGAAGAUCCGACCGCAACUUUUGGUUAAUCAUGCGAUCACCUUGCAGCCUUACUUAAGUUUAAAGUGUCAAACACAAGGGGACUAUCAAAUAAUAAGCAGCGUUGCUCACACUCUCGAGUUAGUAGUACCGUUGAUGGAACAUCCCAGCGAAACGUUCUUAGCGCAGCUAGAAGAGGAUUCGGUUAAAUUAAUUCUGCAACACGAUAGAUCGGUCGUAGCAAGUUGUUUAUCGUGUUUAGGCUCUAUAGUGAACAACGUCACGAGGAACUUUAAAUUAAUACGUGACUGUUUUAAAAAAUAUUAUGGUCAUCUGACGGAGUACAAAUCGUUAUACGAGAAAGAUCCAGCGAAUCCAAUGCUAUUGAAGUAUAGGCCAUUUUUCAGAAGAGCAUUGUUCACAGUCGGCUUGUUAUUGAGGCAUUUUAAUUUUACCGACCCGGAGGUCAUUGAGGGUUUGGCAGAGAACAUAAAGGAUCAAGUCUUUGAAACAUUAAAUUACUUCGUCCAUCAAGACAACGAUGAUAUACGUCAUUUCACUUUGUCCGCUAUUGGUUCUCUUUGCAUAAGACAUUACGAAUUCAUGCUGGUCCCUGAAUUGAAAGAGCUUUAUCACCAUUUGCUUACAUCCGAGAACGCUCUGGUUCAUAUGAGAAUUCAAGUUUUAAAUAAUAUCGAGAUAUAUCUUCAAGAGGAAGAAAAGAGAAUGAUAAAGCAGGAUUUGGAAUGGUCGAAGAUGUCCAAGCAAGAGAAUUUGAAGGAAAUGGGAGAUGUUUCAUCGGGAAUGGCCAGUACCGUCAUUCAGCUUUACAUUAAAGAGAUAUUGGAAUCUUUCUUACAUGCGAAUAUAAGCGUUAGACACGCUGCCCUGAAAGUUAUACAACUGAUUUUGACCCAAGGUUUGGUGCAUCCUGUGCAAAUAGUACCCUAUUUGAUUUGCAUGAGCACGGAUUGCGAGAAAGCCGUCAGUCACAGCGCGGACAAACAGCUGCAAGACAUCGAGAAGAAGUACCCUGGCUUCAUCCAUAUGAAAUCACAAUUUGGUAUAAAAUUAAGUUAUCGAUUGCAGAAAAUUUUGCAGAAUGAUAACACUGUGAGAGGUAUGCGAAUUAAAGAAGGUGAAUUUCCUGGUGCACUCAAUGGUUUUCUAUAUACUAUAUUAAGAAAUACGAAACAACAGAGAAGGGCGAUCGUCUUGUCCUUUUUAAAACAAUUCGAUGAGAGCGCCAAGACAAGUUUAUCUCAAAUGUUAUACUUGGCUGAUAAUCUUGCUUAUUUCACAUAUCAGGUACAAGACGAGCCAUUAUUCAUCAUCCAUCAUAUCGAUAUUAUCAUAUCGAUGUCGGGUACAAAUUUGCUGCAGUCUUUCAGAGAAGCUUUGCUGCCUAAGGAAGGGGGCAGUCAAUCGACAUCGCAUCAUCACCAUCAUCAUCAUCAUCAUCAUCAUCAUCAUCAGCAGCAGCAGCAUCAGCAGCAUCAACAUCACCAACAGCAACAACAGCAGCAGCAACAACAACAACAGGAACAGCAACAACAACAACAGGAACAACAACAGCAGCAACAGCAACAACAGGAACAACAACAACAACCACAACAACAACAACAGCAGCAGCAACAAUUGCAGCAGAUACAGCAAGAGCAGCAAUUGCAACUGCAGCUGCAGCAGCACCAGCAACAACAACUACAGCAACAACAACAACUACAGCAACAACAGCAACAACAACAACAACUACAACAGCAACAGCAACAGCAACUACAACAGCAACUACAACAGCAACAGCAGUUACAGCAGCAGCAGCAGCAUUUAUUGUUGCAAGAACAUCAGCGAGAUCAGCAAAUGAUGCAACCACCUAUGCAGCCGGUAGUUAUGGUAGGAUCGAGCGAGCAGCCUCGUUCAGAAAAUAUAUUAUCUCUGGUAGACGAGGAAGACGACGAAGAGGACGAAGAGACGAUCUUAGCAAGAUUACCAGGUGACACGACUUUGCUCCGGGAAUACAUCACAGCCAGUCAAGGUUUUCUCUUGCUCCUGACAUUGAGGCAACAUCUAAAAGAUCUUUAUGGUUUCUCCGAUGCAAAGAUUGGUCAAUAUUCGCCAUCGGAAGCGGCCAAGGUUUAUGAGAAAGCUGUGAAUCGUAAGAAUAAUCUUUUGUUCAAACCUAAAGCGACGUUACAGAGGCUGAAGGAAGGUGUAAGCAAUGCGGAACUCGAUGCCGAGGGCAGAAAGAAAUUGGUCAAGGAAUACUUGGAUUUUAAACAGUUAAUGCUGAAAUAUGAUCCUGAAGAACCAGACGAAGGAGAGGAAGGUGAUACCAGCAGCAAACAAUGUAACAUAGAUAACAGUCAAUCACCAAGGAUACCCAAUCCCGAGAUCGAUAAUAAACUGAACGAGAGUGCAGUAACGAGCAAUUCUUUCGGAAAUGUUCAGUUUCAUCAAGCAACUAUGAACUCGUCUAUCGAACAUUCGAACAACUCGAUGAACUCAACAAUAACGGCGUCGACUCCGACGUCUCCACGUGUACCCAAAGUUGCUAUUCAUCCGAUGAAUCCUGAUAUGAAGGAACAUCGUAAGCAUCGCGCGCACAAGACAGAAAAAAUGAAGAAACAUAAGAAGAAGAAGAGGAGAAGAAUCUCCGACAGUAGCGAGAGUGGGGAAGACUAUAGUGACCCUGAUUUUCUAGUGUGAGUGCGGUGGUAUCGGGACCUGCGUGUACAUAGAGUCAUAUUCGGAGUUUUUAGAAUAUCAACGGGGCAAGGGACUGUUCUGGUAUCUAUAUAUAUAUAUACAUAUAUAUAUAUACAUACAGCAUAUAUACAUACAUACAUACACAUACAUAUGAAUGUAAUUAUACUUAUAUGUAUAUAUGUAUAUCAGAUCAGAUGAUUUUUAUCGAUGAUACCAGUGCUGCUCUCUGGACGCUCAUAAAGGCGCAGUGAACUUUCGUUAGGUGAAAAAUGAGAUGCUUCUGUAGAAGAGUACUGAAAGGAUGUACUGUAUAAAGUGAGAAAAAGUGAGUGAUAGAAAUAGAGUGUAUGAGAGAAAAAGAGACAGAGAGAGAGAGAGAGAGAGAGAGAGAGGAGAGAGAGAGAGAGAGUGAGAGAGAGAGAGAGAAAGGGAGAGAGAGAGAGUGAUGGUGGUGCUGUGGUUACGUGUGCGAAAAAUAUCUUCGAUGCGAGCGAUUACAAUUUUGAAGCACACUCGUCGUCACAUCGGCGAGAUUAGAAUUAUAUUAUACUAUGUUCUGCUAAAGGCAUUAAAUUUAGGAUCUCUCUCCGAUGUGAGACAAAGACGACCGGGUUGAUUCGAUCGAAAGUCGAGUCAUUCUCUUAUUUUUCAUUGUCUCAUACAUAUAAUAUAUAUUUUUAACGACGAUCUUAAACAUAACGAUGAUUACCAACGCUUUUUUUCUUUCUUUCUAUCCUUUUUUUUUUAUUAUUUCAUUCUUCCUUUCUCUCUCUCUCUCUCUCUUUCUUUCUUUCUUUUUCUACUUAUUUAAUUAUUCUCUUAUCUCGAUCGAUUAAUUGUAGAUGAUUUAUCGUCAUUUCAGGAAGUGAUGAUCGGAAUCAGCAAGAGUUACAAAGCUAUUCCUGCUUUACGCAUUUUUUAUUGUCAUAUUUCUUUUUCUUUUUCUUUUUUUUUUUUUUCUUUUCCUUUCUUUUCUCUUUCACUUUAAAUUAUAUAAAUCUUUUUGUCAAUUUUCGAAUCUACCCGGGUCUUAUGUCGUUUAUAAAAAUCGGUUCGUUAAAAAUUCGACGCGUUAUUAAAAAAGAAGAAGGAACUUGGUUUACAAGUCCGCGCAUCAUUUAUUUUUAUUUUCUUUUCUAUGUGUGUAUAUAUACAUGUAUAAGUAUGUAUGUAUAUAUAUAUGUAUAUGUAUGUAUGUAUGUAUGUAUGUAUAUGUAUAUAUAUAUAUAUAUAUAUAUAUAUAUAUAUAUAUAUAUAUAUAAUUUUUUUGUUCGUAUAAACUAAUUGCAAAUCAAUGGCAGGUUCGUUCGAGCUCGGAAAAUCAAUUCGGUUUUGUCAAUGGAUCUCGUAAAGUCUACAAUAACCGAUCAUUGUUGAUCAUUCGAGAAACGUCCGUACCACACCGAACCAAGUUCCCUGUCGAGAAUCUAAGUACAAUAGUGCGCUAUAUAUACAAAAACAAAGAUAAAGGAAGACGGAAGGAAAGGGGAAAGGAAAAAAGAAAAAAGGAAAAAAAAAAACAAAAAGCAUUGCAUCCGAACAAAAUCUUCUGUAAAUAUUAAUAAAAUAAUAAAACAACGUUGAGAUACGAAUGUUGGAUUUAAAAUAAAGAAAAAAGAAACAAACAAACAAACAAACAAAUAAUAAGUAAAAAGAUAGGUCAGCGCUCGAUACAAAACUGAAAAAAAUAAAAGUGGUGAGCUUUCGUGUAGCGAUUAAAAAGCGUUACUUUUACCAUGAAUUUACACUUUUUGUUUUUGAUCGAAUUCAAAAUAAAGGGAAUAAUAUAAGAUCUAUGAGGGGAGUCGAGAAGGGGAUGGGUGAAAGGGCUAUAGAAAGAGCGGGUAAGAUAAUAAAAUACAACAAAAUAAAAUAAAAUAAAGUAAAGUAAAGUAAAGUAAAGUAAAAUAAAAUAAAAUAUAUAGGGCGGACCUGUUAGACUUGCUCCACAUGUAUAAUAGAAGUGUGUAGUAAAACGCAUUGCCUACGCAUUAUAUAAAAAAAGAAGUCCUGAGGAGGAAGAAGAAAAAGAAGAAAAAGAGCAGGAAGAAAAAGAAGAAAUAGAAGUAGUAAAAGAAGAAGAAAAAGAAGAAGAAGAAGAAGAAACACAAAAAAAAGAAACGUUGUUUGUAAUAUGUGUACAUAAAAAUUUCAAGUAAAGUAUCUUAUUUUCUUACAAACUAUAUAGCGGUGACAUUACGAAGAAUAUUUAAGAUUUUGUUGUAAUAUUAAGUAUUUAUUCAGAAUUUCAUGUUGUCCCAUGAUAUAUAGUUUGCUUUACGCGCACUUGUCUUUGGUCUAUUCAAAAUGGUAUCGUUUUUAUACAACAAGCUUAGAAAUAACUACGUAGCAAUCGACUCGCGUAUUCUCGAUGAAAUAAAGGCGUGGAAAAAAAACUUUUGUCAAAACUAUUUCGAUGAUAUGAUAUGUUUAUUAAGUAUGUGAGAAUUAUCAGAUUGGGAGUACCCUUCUCCUUUGCGAGGUGUGCCGCGAGAUCGGCGAACGUUUUGUUUUCUUCGUCCCUUCGUGUCGGCUUCGAAGCGUUAAAUUCGAUUCGACGUUUUGAUAAAAGAGAAAAAAAAAAUUAAGGAAAGGAAAUAAGAUUCGACGGAAUAAAAUCAGUUUGAACGGAUACGUAUAUUUCGUAGGAAUAAUGUUAUACGAUGAAUAAUAUCGAUAAUUAAUCGAACGAAAGAAAAGAACAAAAGAGGCAGCUGUGAUGUUAGACGUAAGAUGGAGGCAGGUCAAAUAUGAAUUUCUUUCCUCCAGGAUAUUAUAAUUAAUCUUUUUUAUACAUUUAUAGACUAAAAAAAUUAUUGACACAAAAGAACGACGACGAUGACGACGACAAUGACAAUGAUAACGACGAUGACGAUGACGAUGACGAUGACGAUGACGAUGACGAUGACGACGACGAUGACGAUGACAAUAAAGAAGAAAAAAAUAGCUUGAUAAUUCGGACGAUCGAAUUUCUCGCGUCGAAAUGGACCACACACUGCGGACUUUCGUCUAUCGAUUAAAUCAAACUCGAACACCAUUUAGAUGUAUAAUGUAAUUUUCACGAGCGAACGUUCGAAUAUUAAGAUAAUAGAUAUAAUCACGUGUUAAUAUAUGUGAUUGAUCAUAUCUUAGAUCAUUUAGUCGCGCGUUGUUAGUAUCCUUACGAAAUACCGACACGAGACGGAGAAAAUGAUUAAUAUAAAUCGAUUCGAGCCAAUUUCGUGGCUAAUAACUUCGGCGAUAUCAUCUCGUUAUUAUCGGACAAUUUUUCAGGCUAUCUUCUUAUUAUCCUUUUUUGUUUUUGUUCCUUCGAGAAAAAGCGUUCAUUCGAUCAUUCAAAAAAAAAAAGAACGAGCGAAUAAGCGAGCGAGAGAGAGAGAGAGAGAAAGAGAGAAAGAAUGUGUGAGGAUGCAAGAGCGAAAGUGAGAGCAAGAAAAAUGGUAUGCAUUUAUAAAUAAUUGAUCUUUCGAAGCCUGUACAUUUUUGCUCUCCUAAAUAUGGAUCUAAAUCAGUCCGCGCAACUUUGUUAACGAACGCAUAAUAUCACGAAGAUAAUACUACGUUCGUCUUUGGUUACAAUUAAUUCGAAGGAAAAGGAAAAAAGUGAAAAAUUCCAAAAAAAGAAAGAAAAGAAAAGAAAACAAGGAAGAAAGAAAGAAAGACAGAAAGAAAGAAAAGGAAGAUGUCACGCUCUUCAAAUUGGAUCCCGGAUGUGUAUAUUCAUCUCUUAUUCUCGUCAAUAAAUUUGACAGUAAACAUAAA